AAUAUAUUAUAACAAUGCAUUUGGUGCUAAUUGUGUUCCUAAUAUUGUGCCGUGGCUAUAAAUCACAAGUUACAGUAAAUAUUGGGAAGCAAAAUGGCAGUUGUUCGUUAUUGAAACGUUAGAUAAUGAGACUUCCUUCUCCUUACAGUAAUGUACAGUAACAGAAGCGCAUUGCAUUGUGGGGAUACAAAUAAGAGCGCCGAAAGGCUAGCCGGCAUCACAAAGGAAAUAAAAAAGCAAACGGAGUCUUUAAAUGACAAGUUGGUAUGAUGUGAGCGCAAGUGAGAGUUGUCACUUAGCGCUCUGAAUCCGCCAGACUAUCGCUGGGGAUGUAAGCGUCCCGGAGAAGCGACAAGACGUCGCGAGCAGCUUUGCGUCAGCAAAACUGCUUGCAUACUCAGGCCCAGCCGCUAGCAGAGGCAAGGUACGACAAGGACACCUUUUCUCUACAUGUUCAGAAGCUGGAUAACAUGGGAGUCAAAACCUUUACCCAUUGUUCAACAUCCCACAGCCAGGAGAUGCUUGAGAAGCUCAACAAUUUGCGUAACCAAGGUCACUUGUGUGACGUUACCAUCAGGGUGCAAGACAAACAUUUCCUGGCCCAUAAAGUGGUCCUGGCCUGCUGCAGUGAAUUCUUCCGCUCAAAACUGGUGGGUCGGCCCGAGGAGGAGGACAAGUUUGUGUUGGACCUUCACCAUGUGACAGUUAGUGGCUUCGCUCCUCUGCUGGAAUACGCCUACACGUCUACGCUCUCCAUCAGCACAGAAAAUAUUAUCGAUGUCCUUGCAGCUGCGAGUUACAUGCAGAUGUUCACAGUCGCAAGUACGUGUUCAGAGUUCAUGAAGUCGAGUAUUUUAUGGAGUCCAAAUAACAACGGCAACAACACACUUGCAGCAAGUAAACCCCAUGAUUCAGCACCUGAGAGUGCCUCUUCGAACUGUGCCCUAACGCCACUUGAUGACAGCGUGUCUCCUGUGUCAUCUGACUGUAGUGUAAUGGAGAGAAAUGUUCCAGUUUGCCGCGAAUCACGCCGGAAACGGAAGAGUUUCGUAGCCAUGGCUUCGCCUGAGAGUCCUCUCAAAUGCACUACACAGAUGCCCAAUACCUCUCCCCAGGUUUCCAAUCCAUCCCCCUCAUUUACAGACAGCACAGCCCAGCCUGUGGAGUCCUCCCUAGCCUUCCCGUGGACGUUCCCAUUCGGCAUUGAUAGGAGAUUCCACUCGGACAAAUCAAAGCUUCCGCAGAGCUCCCGGUGCCAAGAGCAGGCAGCCACAGUUACUUCUGAGGUGGUGGUUGGUCGGCGACUCAGUGACUUUCUGACGUGUGAAAGCUCCAAGGCAGUGUCGCCACCUGGGCCAGCGGAGGAAGAAGAUGUUAGGGUGAAAGUGGAGCGGCUCAGUGAUGAGGAGGUCCAAGAGUCAUCCACCCACGCUGUCAGUGCGUCCCAGAGCUCACUCAACGAUCAACAGACGGUGCCAGGAAGUGAACAGGUUCAGGAGGAUCUCCUCAUCAGUCCACAGUCAUCAUCCAUAGGAUCAAUGGAUGAGGGCGUGUCAGAGGGCUUGCCAUCUAUGCAGAGCACCUCUAAUGCUGAAAGACAUGCAGAGGAUGAUGAAAGGUUAGAGGGUAUUCAAUAUCCUUACCACCUCUAUAUCGGCCCGUCAGCCCGGCCUGGCACCAAUGCCCCUGACAGGCCCUUUCAGUGUCCAACCUGUGGAGUUCGAUUCACUCGCAUUCAAAACCUGAAGCAGCACAUGCUCAUACAUUCCGGCAUUAAGCCUUUCCAGUGUGACCGCUGUGGGAAAAAGUUUACACGGGCCUACUCCCUAAAGAUGCAUCGGCUGAAGCAUGAAGGUAAACGCUGUUUCCGGUGCCAGAUUUGUAGCGCCACAUUCACGUCCUUCGGUGAAUAUAAGCACCACAUGAGGGUCUCCCGACACAUAAUCCGCAAGCCGCGGAUUUAUGAGUGCAAAACGUGCGGCGCCAUGUUCACCAACUCUGGCAAUUUAAUUGUACACCUGAGGAGUCUGAACCAUGAGGCAUCCGAACUAGCAAACUACUUCCAGAGCAGUGAUUUCCUCGUGCCCGACUACCUGAGCCAGGUGCAGGAGGAGGAGGAGGAGGUGCUGGGAGUCCAGUACGAAUUGGAAGAAUCCCAACAUCACCCAGUCUAUGCGGGCAGCACUUCCACAUCCACUGCAAUUACCGCCUCGUCCUCCUCCUCCAUCCAGAUGCCGGUCAUCUCCCAGGUCUCCUCCUCUACCCAGAAUUGCGAGAGCUCACCUGGCUUCCUUUCACCUGAUUCCAUGGAUCCCCUGGAAGCCUCCGCCUCCUUCAAAAUACAUCCUGGUGGCGCUGCUGCCCUGGCAGAGGAGACCAAGAUGGACAACAGAGAUGGAGGCAGUUCACCUGAGGUGUUUGAUCAAGAACACCAUCAGAUGCAGAAUAUUCAAGCCAGGGAGUUGGCUUCCAUGACAAUUGAGUGAUUCAAGUGUUCUUCUCGCCCAUAAUGUGCUACUUUGUCGUCAUGUCACGUGGGAAAAUCUGUGGAAUAUUGAUGCCAAAAGAGGUUAAGUGGACAUGUUCACAUUUCAAAAAAUGACUGACUUUGGUUACCCUGGUGAUGGGUUUUCCACCAUAAAAGGAGUAAUUUAAGGUCUAAUGUUUUUUUGCCCGCGACCCUAUUGAGGAGAAGCGGCUCAGAAAAUGGAUGGAUGGAUGUUUUUUUGUUUUUUUUCAUUAACAAGUAGUUGACGGUUUGAAACAACAGUUAUUUAUCCCAUUUGACGUGAAUGCACUACCACUGGAGGUACUGUAUGUUAAAUUCUAGCCUGGUUCUUUUGGAAAGUGCCUGAGAAUAGAUGAAGAGCACUUGAGUUUGCCAACAAUAUCAAAUCAAGCCUUUACAAACUGAGCUUUUUUUAUUUCCUUUACAAUUAUCAUGUCAGUUUGUAUGGACACACACUGGUCUGUCCUUUUACAACAGGCAAACAGUUAAAUGUCUGUAUUGUCUAUUGCAAUAUCUAUUUGUGUAGUUUCCUGUCUGAACGCAGUAUAUGCUGACUGUUGUGGAAGAAUGUCAGGUCUGUGUAUGUACAUCUAUUUUUAAUAGAAUGCACACAAAGUUAAUUUAUACAUUUUAAAUUUCAAGCGAAAGUUCCUCAUGAUUUUUCUGCAGUAUGCUUUUUUCCUGAUCUGCUAUUUUUACAAGCGAACACUGUGGUCAAAUAUCAAGUCAUCUAAAAUAUUAUUAGCACUGGCAAAUACUAAACAACAUUUUCAGUCGAUUACACAGUUGUGGUCAAAAGGUGUGGAUUACCUCACAUAUACAUCUGACAUUGUUUGGAAAAUGACAAGUAAAAGUAAACUUUGAAGACGAUCGUAUGACCUUAUUGUCUGCCAAAUCUAUUAUGGUUAGACAGAUCAAGUGGGUAAUCAUGAGAAGACAAAGGAAAACCCUCCAGUGUAGUUCUCUGUUUUGCUUCUUCGUUAAUGUCACUGCUUUCAAAAAAAAGAAAGGCAUACCAAAGUUAAGAAGCAUAAUUCUAUAUGCUCAGUACAACAAUAUGCAAUGUGAAUCACAAACGUGAAAAGUGACCGAGCAAAAUUAACACGAAACCCGAAAUUUCAUUGACUGCCAAAACCUUUGGCCACGACUGUGGAAGGCAAUUCCUUUCAAUUUGCAAGAUUUUCAAAAUGAUUCAGUGUUUGAACUCUGAAACAAAUGCAAUCAAAUGCUUAUGUAGCAUUUAAUGCUGGUUCGAGUCCAGCCUGUGUAAUUUGAUAAUGUAAUUUAUUUUUACACUUUUACAUUAUAAUCUUUCUCCACAUCUGGUUAUAUCCUCUUUUCAAUCACUUCUCCACAUGUGAACUUGUUUUCCAUUACUAUUACUAUUCCUAAAUGCAAUAGCAACAUUUUUGGUGUCACAAAAAGAGCAAUGAACAGCUGGAUCAUAUAAAUGUUUGUGAUCUUUAUUUGUAAAGUGACUAGUUGCAUAACAGUCAUGCAAUGGAUGUUGCAUGACUGCUGGAAGUUUGUUACAAGAUGACUUGUUUCCAAAAUGUUAUCCCUGCGCGAUGAUACCAAAGCACACGUUGUGCUGGCUUUCCCAUGGCCACUUUUUCAAGCAGAACAGAGCAAAGCAGAGCUGCUUGAUUUUAUGUGACAAGAUUACUUGAUAAAUGUUUGGUCGUAUUCCUGUAUUUUUGGUGAUUUUACAAUGAAACCUCUGUGUGCAACUCAGUUUCGAGACAUUGCUGAUAGACAUUAGAGACAUUAAUGACUUGCAUUGUACGUAAUAUCCACGAGUUGAAUGCUACUGACUGACUAGCUAACUAUGUAUCUGACUUCUGUAGAUGAUGCAGCUGCCACUUUAGGUUCAAAUAAGAGGAUGUAAACAUUUUUAUUUCAACAAGAGUUGAUUGUAGAGAUGAGCAUUGUGCGAUUUUGUAGCUGUUUCAAUUAUUCAAAUUCACUGAGUGCUGUCUUGAGAUGAGUUUAUGUCACGCAGUGCCAUUGUGUCAGCCACCUUUUCAAAGUUGUGCCAUUUGACUUUUUGUCGGACUAAGAGCAAGUUCCCCUACUCCAGGACCAAAUGUUCUCUUCUCUCAUUGGAGGAUUUGCCAUGGCAAUCAGUACUUGCACAUAAAAGAAAGUGAUAAUCAUGAUAAGCGGUCCAUGCAGUUUAUUAAAGGGGUUUUGCUGUUUUGUCCUUAAAGAAACUGUACAACAUUGUGCAUCCAUGAGGCUAGCCUUAGUAAAUGGACCUAUUAACUCUAGUUGCACACUAUCAAACAUUUUUACAACUUUUUCUCCAUUUGUCCAUCAUAUGCUUUUCACUUGUUGUGUCUGUGAUGUCUGUUUUUAAACUUUGUUUUUAAAUAUAUAUGUAUACAUGAAAUGAAAAUGCUGCUGAAAAGUGCCCCAACUAUUUUUGUGAACUAAUAUGUGUGCAAUAAAUGGACAGAUGUUGUUUUGAAAGUUAAAAUUCUGUUCCCGGAAUGCUGAAUUAUAGAUGUAUUUUAAAAAAAAAAAAAAAGAAUGUAUCAUUUAUUUUUUUGAAAAAGCACCCAUUUGAUCUGUGAAACAACGUGUUGGUUCUGUUCUGCUUGGUGUUCCUCCCUGAAGUUGCAUGUUUAUGCUAUGUAAAGUUGAGAGCAUGUCAUGUUUAGUUGCUGGUGUGUUCUGUCAAGUCUUAAUAUGUUGAUCUUACAGCCUAGUUUUGGAUCUGUUGCUGGAGCAUGACCUUUAUUUCCCGUGUAUUAAGCCCUUUUUUGUGCAAUGUUUUAAUAUUUUCUUGAUUAUUAUACGAGAUAUGCCUUUACAGUGUACACUUGGUGUUGUAUACCAGUUUUAUACCAGUCUAUGCUUUAUUUAAAAGUUGUCUUCAUAAUGGCAUAUAUAUAAAUGUGUAUUUAUAGGUGCAUUUUAUAUCAUGGUCACUGUUUGAUGGCAUCUUUCUUGUUAAAUGUGAAUAGUUUCAGUUGGGGUAAUCUUCAUUCUGUGACUGUCCGCAGUGUGUGUAUAUUAAAUAUUAAUAUGCUGUAUAUACGUACAUAGUAUGUUGCAUAUUCCUUAUAUUGUAGGUUAAUUGAUUACAACCUACUUUCAGACAAAUGUAUUUUUUGUCUUUGAUACUGUACUUAGUUUUGAGAAACUGCCGAGAACAUCCCUGUUAGUGAUAUAAACUGCACAUUAGGGAGAACUGAUGUUGUGGUGUGUCUGAGUUUGUUUUACAGCUGGCUCUUAAAAACUGACAAUACCACUCUGUAUUUUAGAGGUUUGUGGUUGUACUGAUUCUGAAUUUGUUAGUGUUCUGGCUCUGUAGUCCUGUUAUUAAAAAGGGUGUUUUUGUAAAUGCAUAACAUGCAAAUAAAAAGACAACUAAUACCA